UCCCCGCGCCCGCCUCCUCUUGUCACCUCCCGUCUCAGCAUCCUUGCUCCAUCCCCGCCGCAUCCAGCGCCAUCCCAGUGCCUCAGACAGCGAGAGGCGGUGCGUGGGGCUGCAGGGCGCGCCCUCAAGCGGACCCGGGUUCGGCAUUGAGGGGCACGGGCAGCAGUAUGGACACCAAGCGCUGCUUCGCCAACCGCUUCGAUGACUACCAGGGCAGCCUGCUGGCGGGCCAGUGUGAGGAGGCGGUGGCGCCUUUGGUCACCGCCACCAUCGAGCGCAUCCUCCAGGAGCUGCCCCCGCUCGGGGGCGGCGCUGAGGCACGGGGUGCGGCGGCCGCGACCAGCAGCUGCCAGGGUGGGCUGUACGGCGGCGUGGCCGGGGUGGCCUACAUGCUCUAUCACGUCUCGCAGAGCCCGCUCUUUGCCGGGGCCCGGGAGCGCUACCUGCGCUCGGCCAAGCGCCUCAUAGACGCGUGCGCCCGCGCCGAGGAGUGGGGCGAGCCGGACGCCGAUACCCGCGCUGCCUUCCUGCUCGGGGGCGCGGGCGUGUACGCCGUGGCCACGCUCGUGUACCACGCCCUGGGCCGGUCCGACUACGUGCAGCCGCUGGGCAAGUUCCGGGCUCUGUGCGCCGUCUGCGCGCCAGUCUCUUUCUUGGAGUGCGGCUCCGACGAGCUGUUCGUGGGCCGCGCGGGCUACCUUUGCGCCGCGCUGGUGCUCAAGCAGAAACUCGCCCAGGAGGUGCUGACCCCAGCACAGAUCAAAUCAAUUUGCCAGGCGAUUCUGGACUCUGGGAAGCAGUAUGCCCUGAAAAAGAGGAAACCAUUUCCCCUGAUGUAUUCUUACUAUGGAACUGAAUACUUGGGAGCAGCUCAUGGUCUGUCGUCCAUUCUCCAGAUGCUUCUUUCUUACCAUGAGCACCUCAAGCCCUCAGAUCAGGAGCUGGUAUGGCAGAGUGUGGACUUCCUCAUGGAGCAGGAACAGAACUGCAACUGGCCACCUGAGCUUGGCGAGGCCAUCGAGAGAGAGAACGAGCUGGUGCACUGGUGCCACGGCGCCCCAGGAAUUGCCUAUCUAUUUGCCAAAGCUUAUCUGGUUUCCAAGAAGCCACAGUACCUGGACACAUGUAUCCGGUGUGGGGAACUCACAUGGCAGAAGGGCCUGCUAAAGAAGGGGCCAGGGAUUUGCCAUGGUGUAGCUGGCAGUGCCUAUGUCUUCCUGCUGCUGUACCGGCUCACUGGAAACUCUAAAUACAUCUACCGAGCCCAAAGGUUUGCUGAAUUUUUAUUUACUGAGGAAUUCAAGGCUGGUUCUCGGGUCCUUGAAAGUAUAUACAGCUUGUAUGAAGGCUUCUCCGGGACGGUGUGCUUUCUGAUCGAUCUGCUGCAACCCAGUCAGGCAGAGUUCCCUCUCUUCAGUGUCUUUGUUUAGAAGGCUUCAUCUCCCACUGUGGCCCUGCAGAAGGUCCCUGAGAUUUCCUGAGCCUACCCGAGGCAGUUUCCACAUAAGCCACAUUCAAUGGUAUCACUACCAUGAGCCUUAACAUUGCCUCCAGAAGGAAGGAAGGAAGGAAGGGAGCAGGCAGGUGAAGGUAACAUGAUACCAGACUUAAGGGAGAACAGUCUGAGAAUCUCAAAAUAAAGACACGACAACCCUUCUA